UAGGCUGGAUACUGAGCCUUGGUAUGCUUGAAGGUUCAAUAUUGCGCAGCGGAGCGAAGCAAGCAUUAUACUACUAGUACUUAUCGGCGGGCGGUGACGCUGCACACCGAUUUAAUUAAUUGUUAUUCCUAAUCUAAUCUCCAGCUUCACAACCUACUUAUCUAGAACGCUAUAACUGGUUAUGUUACCUCCUUGCGACCCAGCUAUACUGGAGGAUAAUCCUCAAUUUAAGAGGCUAUACCAGAAUUUGACAACGAAUUUGCUCAACCCUGAUGCCUCGACACGCGCCAACGAUGCGCAGCCUGCCAGAAAGGCCGUCUUGGAAGAACUUAAAAACUGUCGGACUCGUCAUAUAAAAAAGCAAAUCAAGAAACGAACACUGCGACAGCUAGCCUUUGAUCCUGACAGUGAUUUAUCGGACGAUUACCGCGACACGAUCGCAAUUAUCAGCUUGUAUUUGGACUCGUCAUCCAACCAGCUCAACCUGGAUGGUGACGAUCGCGAUGGAGCCGAUGCGCUAUCUCUCUUGGCUCCAGACAUUGACAAAUUCUACUCCGAUCUUCCCGCAUUGAUCAAGCCCUUCUCGAAUGCCAUUUCCUCUUCUCUAGGUGACCUUCGAUUGAUCGCCAAUGUGGGCGACGCUUCGAAUCCUCCGUCCGCGGAGUUAUCUCGACCCCGGACUAGGGCUCGUCAGUCGAUGAUGAGGGCACCCGUUUCUCUCUCCCAACAGCUUGAAGAUCGGCUGCGCAAAUUACGCCAUAAACAACUAUCCGAACUUCCGGCAGCCCGUACACGGAUGGCAGCGACAGCGGGGGAAGUCCUGGCGACACGGGCUGCAGUGCUGGAGCGUACGGUGGUGUUACUGGAACGCGCCAAACACGGGGCACUCGCCCGAGCCACCAAAGCGAAGGCAGAGCAUCUAGCUACAGUAGCACGGGACAUGGAAGGAAAGUUGAGUGUGACGAAACUGGAUAUUUGUGCCACGAUACACACGCCUGAGACUAUUGCUGCUCUCAGCCGAUACCGCCAGCACCUUCAAGACACCCGCGAGCGGCUGGAGGAGAGAAAGGCGGCAGCCCUGGAGGAACUAGAAGCAUAUGAGGUGGAUGACUCGGGAGCGAACGAUAGAGCUGGUAGUAGAAGACGGUUAGUAACAGGGCCUAUGAGGGAUAUUACCCGACAAUACGGGGAUUUAAUCCGAGAAAUUGAAGAUGUGAGGUCGGAGAUUGAAAGGUUAUGAAUGGGUAGGUGUUUCUCGAUCUAUUGAUUUCUCUUAAGAUACCCUUGUCCCAAACGCAUCAUCGUGCCUUAUACUGCAGUGCUUAAUAACCGUGUCCAUAAUCAAC